GGAAGCGAGGUCGGGUGGGUGCCACGGCCGCGGGUUUCGCCACUGUGUGCUCCCUGUGCUCCAUUGUGCUCUGGUGACCGUCGUGUGCGCGGUGUGACGCCGAACGGUGGUGUUCCGUGAUCGGAUAUGCUCAGCUGACCACUUACGCUGGGAUUAGAAGAACGUUAUCAGCAUGGAGUCGGUGUUCGGUGGGCACGGGAGCCGGCCGGAUGACGGCGUCCCGGACAUGACCGUCAUAUCGGACAUAGAUGAGGCCGGCAUCAACCGUACCCUGCACGUCCGAUACGACCACGACCGGAUAUACACCUAUACGGGAACGAUUCUGGUAGCCGUCAACCCGUACCGGGAGCUGAGCAUCUACGGACAGGACACCCUGUUCUCGUACCGGGGGCAGAAGAUGGGCUCCAAGGAGCCGCACAUUUUCGCUCUGGCCGAGGCGGCGUACACAGCGCUGACUCGGGGAGAGGGAAACCAGUCGUGUGUGAUAUCGGGUGAGAGUGGCGCGGGGAAAACGGAGACGACCAAGUUCAUCCUGCAGUACCUGUGCUCGGUCACCUCUGGAGUCAGCACCUGGGUCGAGCAGCAGAUCCUCGAGGCCAACACCAUACUAGAGGCAUUUGGUAACGCCAAGACGGUGCGGAACGACAACUCGUCUCGGUUCGGCCGGUUCAUGCAGGUGUGCUUCGACCCGCGGUGGCACAUCAAGGGCUGUAUCAUGCAGGACUACCUGCUGGAGCAGUCGCGCAUCACGUUCCAGGGGCCCGACGAGCGGAACUACCACGUGUUCUAUCAGCUGGUCGCCGCUGCACAGCGCGACUCGGAGCUAGCCUCCCAGUUCCAGCUGCGGGAGGCCGCCCACUACAGCUACCUGAACCAGUCGGGCUGUGUUCGACUGGACGGUGUGAACGACGCUGAGCGGUUCGAUGCGCUGCGGCUGGCGUUCAGCGUGCUGCAGAUCCCUCAGGAGGUGUGCGAUGGCCUCUACUCGACCAUCUCGGCCAUCCUGUGGCUGGGAAACAUCGGGUUCCAGGACGUGGACGGUGAGAGGACGGAGCUGACGGAGGGAGACGUCACCAUCCUGGCCACGGUCUCCCAGCUGCUCGGCCUCGAGGGAGACGACGUGCGCCUGGUGCUGCUCAACAGACAGAUCAACGUGCGAGGCAACAUCACAGAGAUCCCGCUCAAACCGCACGAGGCCCGCGAGAACCGGCACGCCAUGGCCAAGGCGCUCUACUCCCGGACGUUCGCGUGGCUGGUGAACCAGAUCAACACGUGCACGAACCCCGGCCAGGACAGCGGCGCCUUCCUCGGCGUGCUAGACAUCUUCGGCUUCGAGAACUUCGGGAAGAACUCGUUCGAGCAGCUCUGUAUCAACUACACCAACGAGAAGCUGCACACCUUCUUCAACCACUACGUCUUCGCUCUGGAACAGGAAGCGUAUCGGCAAGAGGAGAUCCAGUUCGCGCACAUCAAGUUCUCGGACAACUCUGAGUGCCUGGAGCUGAUUGAAAAGCCGCCUCGCUGCAUUCUCAAACUGCUCUCCGAGGAAUGCCGAAUGCCAAAGGGCUCUGACGAGACAUACCUCUCUAAACUACACGUCGAGUUCGAGUCGCACCCGUACUACGUCAAAGGCGAGGACCGUCGCCGCUGGGAAUCAGAGUUCAGCAUCCGACACUACGCCGGCCACGUCACCUACACGAUCGCCGGCUUCGUCGACAAGAACCGGGACGCUCAGCAGGAUCUGUUCUUUGACUUCAUGAGCCGGUCCAAGAACAAGUUUGUCGAGGAGCUGGCUCAGUUCCAGGACCUGCUGAGCUGUAUGUCCCGCACCGGCACCAUGAGCAGCACCGUCUCCCGCGGCACCUCCAAGGGCAAGCCGACCGUCAGCGACGCCUUCAGGCAGCAGCUGCAGGCGCUGGUCGACCUCCUUCAGAUGAGCAAUCCUUGGUACGUGCGGUGCAUCAAGCCAAACAGCAAGAAGCAAUCGCGCUGCUACGACGCGCCACUGGUGCUCGACCAGCUCAAGUACCUGGGCAUGCUGGAUAUCAUCAAGAUCCGCAAGCAGGGUUUCCCCAUCCACCUGCCGCAUCCUGAGUUCUGCCAGCGGUACCAGUGUCUGACGGGGCGGCGAUGGAGGCAGGCGGCCGCCGCCGAGGGAUGCAGGCACAUCAUGAAGCAGCACGGCCUGCCGGAGCGCGAGUGGCAGAUGGGAAAGACCAAGAUCUUCCUGCGCCACUGCGUACAUGAGCCGCUGGAGGACAAACGGACGGCUCUUGUGCACAAGUCGGCCGUGCGCAUACAGAAAAUAUACAGAGGCUACGUACGCAGAAAAGCGUACCGGGAGAAGCUGGAGGCGGUCAAAUGUCUGCAGCGCCACUACCGGGCCAAGCGGCAGAGGCUGCUGUACCUGCGGCAGCGACGAGCUGUCAUCGUGCUGCAGAAGCACCUGCGCGGCAUGUUCGCUAGAGAGGUGGCCACCGCUCUGCGUGACAUGAAGGCCAUGGAAGAGGAGCGGCAGAGGAGAGAGAAACUCGAAGAGGAGAAGAGGAAAGAGGAGGAGCGGCGACGGGAGCUGGAGGAGGAGGAACGGAGGCGACUCGAGGCGGAGGAACAGCCUCUUCCCCCGCCGGAACCGCAGCAGAACGGAAAGCUGAUGCAGGAGGAGAUUGACGAGAUGACUGAGAUCGCCGACCAGCUCAACAUGAAGCUGGCGGCCGGCGACGCCGAGCGACCGGCCGGCGGUCGCGCCAAGUCCUCCGUCUCUGUCGACCUGGACAACCUGUUCUCGUUCCUCAGUGACAUGAACUCGGGACAGAGCAGUGUGGUCAACGAGAUCCACCAGAACCUCGAGGAGCUCGAGCUGACCGUGCUGGAGGAGAUGGACGAGCUGACGGGCCGCCGGGCCGCGUCCGGCGGACCCUCGCGCGGCGCGCCCACCCCGCCUCUGCCGCCACCGAGUCCGAUGGCCGAGGACACGGGUGAGGAGCCCACGUCGCUCCCGCCGCCGCCGCCUCCUGCCGACCUCCCUCCUCCUCCACCGGAGCAGGAGUCGGAGCUGCGUGACGGCGAGCCGGGCCCCGAGCUGAUCCUUCCGCCUCCCGGCGAGGAGCUGUACGGCCGGCGCAGCGCCGCGCCGCAGCCGCCGCCCAUCGAGCGCAUUCCCAAAGAGCCCAUCUACGAGAGUAUCCUCGUCAACAACAAGAAGGCGCCGAGCGACCCGGAGCCGGCGCCCCCGGCCAUCCCGUCAGUGCCGCCGCCGGGCCCGCCGCCCGGCGCGCCGGCUCACCAGGGCGUGGAGAAGGUGCAGCGGGCGAGCCGGCACCGCCUGCGCAGCGGCUCGCCGGCCGGACGGGCCCGGCUGGCCAGCGGUCAGACGCCGCUCAGCCCCAACCGCAGCCGAAAUAACAGCACCACCAACAGCCGGCGCGCGUCGAUCUCUCAGGAGGAAGACGAGCGGGACCAGCGGCGCCGGCAGCGGGUCGAGCGUAAACUCCAGGAGCUGCAGGAGCUCGAGCGGCAGGGCGACGCCAAGCCGGAACAGCAGGAGCACUUUGAUAUGAUCGAGUUCGCCGAGACGUACUUCAACAUGCACGAGAGGGUGCCCGAGGGCGCCAUCAUCUCCACACUGAGCCGGCGCGGCCGUGGCUGUGUGGACUACCUGCCAAAGUACGAGAUGAUAACGUACACAAAGGUGCCGUGCAUCCCCACCUCGCACGUGCACAUGUACGACCCGGACGACGUGGACAUCGCCUGUGCCAUCUUCAAGGACCUGCAGCAGUACAUCAAGGGUGACCUGAAGCCAGAAGCUGAGAUCAAAAUCAUCCAGACUAUUGUUCAGCAUGGCAUUGAAAGGGAAGAGCUCAGGAACGAAAUCUACGUACAGUGUAUCCGUCAGAUCACCAACAACCCGGUCCAGGAGUCUCUGGACAGGGUGUGGCUGCUGCUGUCCCUCUGUGUCGUCUCAUUCCCGCCCGGGAAAAUACUGUUCAAGUACUUUGUGAGUUUCCUGCGCAAAUCGCAGUACUCUUCAGACAGCCGGGCGCUCCAGUACGUGCAGUGGUGUCUUGACAACUGCAAACACUCGCACGUCACCUGCAGAAAGAACCCGCCCAGCACUGUCGAGAUCACGGCGAUGAAGCGUCUGGGCACCAUCGUGUGUCGCUUCUUCUUCAUGGACGGCAUGACGAAGGCGGUGGACGUGCACCCGAUGGACACAGCCGCCGACGCCAUGUCCAAGAUCGCAGACAGGAUCGGCCUGUGGAACCUGGAGGGCUGGGCCGUGUUCCAAGCCACCGCCGAGGGCGAGCAUCACGUCAAGUCACACGAGUACCUCUAUGACGUUAUCGCCUCCUGGGAAAUUGAGAAGCAGCAGCGCUCGACGCGCGCCGCCGAGUCCCCCGCCAGCUCUCCGAUGCUGCGGCGACAGUCUGCCGUCGGAGUCGGCGCCGGUGAGAACCGGUUCAUCUUCAAGAAGCGGCUCUUCAAGGCCACCAGGGAGAUCCCGAGCGACCCGGUGGAGGUGCACAUGCUCUACUCGCAGGCUGUCUAUUCGGUAGUACAGAGUGACAACCUCCCAGUGAGUGAGAAAGUGGCACUGCAGCUGGCGGGCCUGCAGGCUCAGGUGCUCCUCGGGGACCCCAAGGACAAGUACGAUCACUACUCAGACGUGGGCACGUUCCUGUCUCAGCGAAUCGCCUCCACUAAACGGCGACCAGACUGGAUCCCGAUAAUCGCCCACGCGCACCACCAGUACGGCGCCGGAAAGUCAGAGCUGGUGGCCAAAAUCUGGUACCUCUCCUGCGUGAUGCAGUACCCUGUCUGGGGCACCACCCAGUUCCCGGUCAAGUACAAAGGAUACUGGCCGUACGGGAGCAACCUCAACAUGGGCAUCAACUGCGAGGGCAUCCUGCUGAUCCGGCCCGACGACAAGUAUGUGAUCGUCGAGUUUCCGUACGGCGACGUCGAGUCGAUCCUGCUGGACCCCUCGGACGACUUCAUCACCAUCAACCUGCACCGCAACCACGACGCCCAGCGUGUGUUCGUGUUUGAGGCCAAGUGGCGAGACGAGAUGGGCGCCCUGAUUGCCAGCUACUCGCCCGAACACGCCACCUGGAUCAGAGAGGUGGACAACAUCAGUCGACGGAUUCAGCACAUAACCAACGAUGAUCGGAUGCGACUCCACUACAACGUGGUUCAGUGCCGUCGGAACAUAGUGGAUGCCGACAUGGUGCGAAAACCCGUGGAUCCGACGAGCUCCAACUUCUUCAAAAACACACUGAGAAGGUUCAACAAGGCCAAGCUGGAGAAACUGCGACAGACAGCGCCGGCCGGCAGCGCCGCCGACGGCACCGACUCCUACAAGGGCUUCGACCGAGCCUUCUGGGGCUUCUGCAGGCAGCCCAUCACCCAGAGUCUGACCAGGAUCACCGAGCCGGAGACGGAGGAGACGGCCGUGCAGAUCUUCCAGGCGGUGCUCAUGUUCUCGGGCCUGCUGCACAGCGAUCAACUUUCGGAGAACUCGACCGAUGAGAAUAACGUGCGACUUGUACAGGGUAUUAUCGACCGCGCAAUGAAAAACGAAACGCUGCUGAAUGAACUCACACUACAGCUAAUAAAACAGACAACAGAUCACCCCGAUCCGAACUCGCGAGUGAACCGGCGCCAUUGGUCCCUGAUGGCACUUCUCUGCUCCACGGUCAUCCCUUCGUACCAGCCGACCAAAAAGUACCUGGCCGCCCACCUGACCAAGUGCGCCAGCGAUUAUGUCACCGAGGAGGGCAAGUACGCCCGGUUCGCCGAGAAGUGCAUGCACAAGACGAUCCACUGUCGUCGGCGACAGUGGGCGCCCUCCCGCCAGGAGGUGCUGUGUACGGUCAACUGUCGGCCCAUCCACGCGCGCUUCCACUUCAUGGACGGCCAGUUCCACAGUGUGGAGUUUGAGGCGGCCGCCACGGCCGGAGAGGUGCUCCAGCUGGUCAAAGAGAAGAUCGGCCUCAAGCCGGACGCCAGAGGUUACGCCAUCUAUGAGGUGCUCGGCCAGAGCGAGCGCAAUCUGCUGCCGGACGAGACGCUGGCCGAUGUGAUGUCCAAAUGGGAACGGUACCAGACGGCCACGGCCGGCACGGACAAGGCGCGCAAGCAGCACAUCUUCCUCUUCAAGAAGCACCUGCUGUGUGACGAGACCCUGGACCUGGAGGACCGGGUGGAGAAGGAGUUGCUGUACCACCAGAUGCUGCACAACGUGCGCAACGACAAGUUCCCUCUGACAACCAUGGAGGCGGUGAUGCUGACCGCGCUGCGGGCGCAAAUCGAGCUGGGCGACUACAACCUGUCGUCGAUCGACUACCAGCAGGUGAUGGCCUACACGCUGCCGCCGCGCGUCGCCGCCGUCGCCUCCGUCCACACCGUCACCGUGCACCACCAGAGCCUGGAGGGCAUGUCCAGCGACCAGGCCAAACAGGCCUUCCUCAACCUCAUCCAGUCGUGGCCCUUCUACAGAGCCAGCAUCUUCGAGGUGGUGCAAUCGUUCACGUCCAACUGGCCCAAGAUGCUGUGGCUGGCGGUGGAUGAGCACGGAGUGCACCUGCUCGACUUCCGCAGCCGGAACGUGCUCUGUACGUACGAGUACGACUACAUCGUCAACUACAGUCCGGCCAUCAACUCACUGAUGAUCAUCACCGGCAGCACCCGCAAACAGAGCAAGAUCAUCCUCAACACUGGACAGGCGUUCAUGAUCGCCAACCUGGUGAAGGACUACACUCAGCUGAUCAAAGAGCGUCUGGCGCCCGAGGGCCGCGACCCGGGCGAGCCGGCUCCCGUGGACUGGCAGCCGGCUCCGGCCGAUCCGAGCCGGCAGCGGAGCAUCCUCCAGAGGCCGGCGCCGCCGCCCGCCGCGCACCUGGACGCACUCAGAUAGACUGGAGAGACUGGGGAGACCGGAGGGACUGGAGAGACUAGAAAGACUGGAGGUGGGUGGAAUGCCGAUGGGCCCUUCCUCGCGGGCCGUGAUGGAGCGCCCCGCCCAGGUCAGAGGUCCGGGGAAGUCGUACUACAGGCGGUCGCGGUCCGGAAUGGAAGCUGGAAUCAGUCAGUGAAUAUUUAGUAUCCGCUGAGCGGCCCCUGCGGUGGUCUGUCGGAGCCUGGGCGACCGGUUGAUCGGGUCUAGUGAGGUGUGUCGAAGUGGUAUGAUGCGUCCGUGGACCGGAGAUCGGCUUCAUCAUAGCGGGACCACGCCGAGAGAGUGACGUGGCCCCAGGUGCCGAGAGACUGCCAGGGAUGUCACAGAAUUCCGAGAGCCGUGACCGGCUCGGACGACAAAUAGAUGAUAUAUCACCUAGUCACUGCGCGAUGCUGAGCGGAGAGUUUCCAUAGCGUCGCCGAGACGCGCCACAAGGGGCGGUACGGGGGCUGUGCGGUCCGGUGGGACGUCCAGCGGCGAGAGGUCCGAGGUCUCCCGAACUCUCCGGACCUUGCCCGCGCCCCGGCCCGCCGACCCUGCGUCCCGGCGCCCUCCCUGUUGCUCAGACCCCGUGUUUGUAUUUAUUGGCAAGCUUGCGUGCUGGUGGGGCGUGUACGGGGGAGACUGUUGAUCUCUGUUGUCCCCGCCGAGUGGGACGGGCGUGUCUUCCCGGAUUGUGAGCGGAACGGGGCGCAGACGCAGCACCGAGGAGUCGUACUUGCUACACAUUUGGUUACGCUGAUCGGUCUGUCGCGCGAGGGCUUCGGUAACUUUAUCGCGAGGCCGUGUGACUUCGCUGCGUUGUGACCCCGCUCAUCUAUGUUUGUAGCGCCGUGUAUCGAUCGCUUUCUACGAGAAUUUUGUCGACGAAGAGUCUUGGUCGUUUUUUACAUUUUUGUACUUCGUUUAUCCAUCGCCUUUAGGCUGUAUGACUGUUGUUUUAUGGAGCGAAUCGAGGCCCAUGAAUUAGAUUCAUCUUGUUCACUGCAUGCGCUAAGCUGUUGGAUACAUUUGCAUGUUAUAAGCUCAUAUUUGUUGCUGAACUGAGAAUUUGUUUUAUAUUCGAACGUACCACAGAACUUGAGGUGAAAAUGCCGUAGCGAAAAUGACAAUGAGCGAAUUUAUUUCCUACUCCGUUUUGUAUGUGCAACGGAAUGCUGGUGUACUUAAAUACGCGUACUCCUAAAAACAAACAAGUUCAUUUAACCGUAGCAGGCUCAGUACCCACUUGUCUCUAAGAAAGGUUUGCCGAUUUUUUCUUCUCUGCAAUAAGUCCUCAUGAUUAGCCUUUCCAUUGUUGCAUGCCAGCUCAUAUUUGCUGCACGCGGUGACACGCAGUGUGGAUGCGUCCUGGGUCUCCUGAUCACUGACCGCUUUGCUCUCUUCAAACUGGGCCGCUGAGGUUCCUCUCGGGCCGAUGUCAGUAAUCCUGCUGAAUUCUCAGCAAUGGGCCGCGGUCGGUGGCAUGUAUCACGUCGCCGCCCCGGCCGCCACGCGCCGGCUCCUGGCAGUAACCAGGGACUGUGAAGUACAGGAGAGAAGAGCGGGGGACGGGCGCCCACUGCCGGGGGCGGGGAGGGUGGGAGCGGCCCGCGGCUCGACAGUGGGCCACGCGAGCUCUGUCUGCCACGCUAGGUGUGUACUUCCAUGGUUGUGCUUGCUUCGCAAAAUGGCGUCAACUCUCUCUCUGUUUAUACCUGUGUGCUAUUCGUGUAUAUUUCAUGAACAUAUGUUAAAUAAAAGUCCUAUUAUUUGA